CAGGCGACCUCAAGAAUGGUUGGUUGGAUCGGCGACGGCGGUAAUGGAGGAGAGAGUAGAGAUGAGUUCUUCUUGAACCACCCACACCAGUCAAUCCCGGCAGCGGCGGCGCUGUUCUCGCAAGGCGGAGCAUUUUCUCAGAGGGAACCCCUUCAGUCCAACUACUCGCACCUAAUCCCUGCUUGGGAGGAGAGGGCAGCAUUACCCUCUGCCAUUUCCAAUACCCAUUUCGCCCUAGAAUCCACGGCGAAGAUUGAAGAGCCUUCUGAUCAAGGCGCCAUCGUCCUAAGACAGACAUUUGGGUGGAGAGCGGAGAAGAACAAGGGGAAUAGAAAGGAGUUGUCACUGCAAGAUGCAGCCUUGGUAAUACAAAUGGGCUUUAGGGCUUAUCUUAUAAGGAGAUCUCAGGUUUUGCGGGCUCUUCGUGAGCCGACCAUUGCAAAAACCAAGUUGCGGGUGGCUCGUGAGUCGUGAUGCUGAGGAGAUACA